UUGUCAACUACCAAUGUAAACUCGGAAAACCUCCAUUUGUUACUGAAGAACUUACUAUCUAUAAAAGAAAUAUGGUUAAAGAAAAUGAGGCUGAGUAGUCCUAAGAAAACCUUUAUAUUUUAAGUCACUAAAAUCAAGACCAUGAUCUUUUAUACCUAUUACAUUAAUAAUAAUGGAACUGUUAAUGACCAUUUACCUCAGAUCCUGAGAUGAUUUCCUGAGCUGAUGUCCCCAAGUUUAGCUCAGGACCCUGCAGAGUUUAAGCUCAGUCAAUGUUUGUUACAUGACUAAAUGAUAGGGAUGUGUGGCUGGUGAUGAAAAGGAUGAUGGUAGUUAUGAAAGUGAUGUUGGGGUAACAAGGGAAGGAUGGCCUCUGGAACCUCUUUGUCCUUCAACUCAGGUACCUCUACUCUCUCGAUUCACUUCGAAGGUUACAUUCCAAAGGUUCAAUUUCACAUUAAUGGCUUGGACAGUUUCUUCAGACAUAACAAGACUCUGAGUGCCAUGCCGCAGGAUCCAGGCUUUUCUUCUGGCAGCUUAUCCUCCAUCUUCUCCUGCUCCUUAUCGGAUCCUGAUUCAGAUUUCCCCUCAGACUCAGAUACUGUAUCCAUCACCUUCACCUAAAUGACAUCCUCUUUUUCAUGUCUUCCUUCUCUUUCUUCAAGUCCUUUGCUUUAUUUUGAAGGUUCUUUUGCAUCUCUUCAUAGGUAUAAGCAAUUUAUUGAAACCUUUUAAAAGUCAAGCUUCAAUCCAGGAAAGGAUCCAUAUGAAUUGUAGCAUCAAUGAGGUCUGAGGUCUAGCAUCAGACAGCAUUCAAUUUCCUCUGCAAAGACUUCUUCUUAUGGACAUAGACUCUCAGUUACGACCAAAGACUGAAACUUCAGUAGCUCAUUAAUUUCACUUUCCCUAAUAUCAAUGAAUCUUAAACCCACCUGUUUUGCAGACACAAGAUUUUUUUAACUUCUUCAUUAGCUCUAGGGAAAUAUGCAUCAUUCACACAUCCUCUCACAGUUUCCAGCAAGCUUAAGAGUGGCUGAUUUUAUAUCACCCAUCACCUCUUUUAUCACUACCAAAGCAUUGGCAAUAUUGUACUGUUGCCAUGUUUCUUUCAGAGUAAGGCGAGGGUUUUUUUCAAUACAGUCAGCAAAGUGGUCAAACAUAUGCUUGGUGUAAUACCUCCCAAAUGCUUCAGUUAUACCCUGACCCAAGGGCUGAAGAAAGCUAGGGCCUUCCUGAGGGAGAAACACAAUAUCAAUAUUAGAAUGAAUAAAGAAUAAUGAAUCUGGGUGAUUGGGACCUCUGUCCACAGUUAGCAACACUCUGAUUUCCAGAUUUUUUUUGUUAAAUGACUUCAGACUUGAUGGAUAAAAAAAUUAUAAAACUAAUCCAAAAAGUGGCAGUGGUGAUUCUGGGUGUGAUCACAAGAAAACAGGAAGGCGUUUAUCUCUAAAAGACAAGUGGGGGAUUAGAGUCUUUGUAAAGCAGCAGUGGUUUUAUUAUUUUGUCACCUGAGGCACUGCUACAAAAAAAAUGAGCAAAAUCCUGUCCUUAGCUUCCUCUAAGCUUUCUAGAUUUUUGUCUUUUGCCCCAAAAGUAGGAAGGCACGCACUGCAAAAGAUGGGUCAUCUCCUUGGCGUUGAAGACCUGUUGAGGCACACAGCCUCUCUCCAGUUGCUUGGAAUACUCCAUGCCCACUCAGCAUUUAAGGGUCCUUCCUCCCCAUCAACUUCGUAUGUUGCAAAACAGCAGCGAUUUUUAAAGUUCUCAAACCAUCCCUUGCUCGCAUGAUACUUAUUCGGGUUGUCCUCCCCAGAUGUUUCCCAUUGGUUCCCUGUAGAUGUAUUUGGCCUGGUUGCAGAUGGCCUUCCGGGUCAGAUGUCGCCCUCUGUCAUCUGGCCUUCCACCUAAAAGGUUAACUGGGUCUCCACCUUCACGAUGUUUACAUUACAGGGGAAUACACAGCAGCUUGGAGCAGAUGGGCGACCAACUCUCCACACUGGUCUUUCUUGGUUUUCUGGGGGGAGUGGGGGACGAGAGAGGAAAGCAGGGUCUUGCUCUGUCGCCCAGACUGGAGUGCAGUGGCACAAUCACCGCUCACUGCAGCCUCGACCUCCCAGGCUUAGGGGAGCCUCCCGCUUCAGCCUCCCGAGUAGCUGGGACUACAGGUGCGUGCCACCACACCGCACUAAUUUUUUUCCUUUUUUUUUUUUUUUCUUUUUGGUAGAGACGGGUUUCUCACUAUGUUGCCCAGGCUGGUCUCGAACUCCUGGGCUCAAGCGAUCCUCCCGCCGCGGCCUCCCAAAGCGCUGGGAAUACAGGUACGGCCACCGCGCCCAGCUGCUUCUCCUUGGUGGACUGAUCAACACCAACAAGGCGGCGCACGUCUCUAUUACUCACGCCUUCGUCAGGCUCCUGGAGAAUAUUCAUCCAGUCUUCAAGAGGCACGACGCUCCGCCUCCUCUUGACAGGUGGCUGGCCCAGGAUCAAGAUUCCCCUCCAGGCCUCCGCUCCACCUGGGGAGGCCUCAGCUGCGGCCGUAGCCACGGUGGCCUCCAUAACGGCUGCGGUCGCCGCCUCCUAGAGCCUGGUUUUGGAGCCGCGAGGACGCCGACGAGGCUGUUUAACUUCCCGUGAGUCCCCACCUUCGCCGCUCCGCUGGCCGGGAAUUUGGCAAGGCUUUGCCCUACGCGGUAAACACGUAAGCCUACUGGAAAACCGGCCUCCGCAAUCCCCUGAGCAGCGCCCUAGAUGACGCCAGACUGAGGGAGCCGCAACCACUGGCUACAGUUGACACGGCCCUAAAGGAGGCUUCUCGCGAGGCUUGGCAGCCCCACAGCCAUUUCAGGGACAAGGAGGCUGUCAUCAGCAGAUCUCGCGAGGUUCAGGGAAGCGCCCCGGGAACUGGGCCGCUAGGCCAGCCCCUGCGUCGGGGGGCGCAAGAUGGCAGCCCAGGCUUUGGCGCUGCUGAGGGAGGUAGCGAGGCUGGAAGCGCCGCUGGAGGAGCUACGCGCGCUUCACUCCGUGCUGCAGGCAGUGCCGCUCAACGAGCUUCGCGAGCAAGCGGCGGAGCUGCGCCUCGGCCCGCUCUUCUCCCUUCUUAAUGAGAACCAUAGGGAAAAGACUAAUUUGUGUGUAUCCAUUCUGGAGAGAUUGCUCCAAGCUAUGGAACCAGUUCACGUGGCCCGGAACCUCAGGGUUGACCUGCAGAGGGGACUAAUUCACCCUGAUGAUUCUGUAAAAAUCCUCACUCUUUCACAGAUUGGAAGAAUUAUUGAAAAUUCUGAUGCUGUUACUGAGAUUCUAAAUAAUGCUGAAUUACUAAGACAAAUUGUUUAUUGCAUUGGUGGAGAGAAUCUAUCUGUAGCAAAAGCGGCCAUCAAAUCCCUGUCAAGAAUAUCACUAACCCAAGCUGGACUGGAGGCUUUAUUUGAAAGCAAUCUGCUGGAUGAUUUGAAAAGUGUAAUGAAAACAAAUGACAUUGUUCGAUACAGGGUGUAUGAGCUAAUUGUAGAGAUUUCUUCUGUGUCGCCAGAAUCUUUAAACUACUGUACCACAAGUGGAUUGGUAACCCAGCUCCUGAGAGAGCUGACUGGUGAGGAUGUGUUGGUCAGAGCCACGUGUAUAGAAAUGGUGACAUCACUGGCAUAUACUCAUCAUGGACGACAGUAUCUUGCUCAAGAAGGAGUAAUUGACCAAAUUUCUAAUAUAAUUGUUGGGGCAGAUUCAGACCCUUUCUCUAGCUUCUAUCUUCCAGGAUUUGUGAAGUUUUUUGGAAACCUGGCUGUCAUGGACAGUCCUCAACAGAUCUGUGAGCGUUAUCCUAUCUUUGUGGAAAAAGUCUUUGAAAUGAUAGAAAGUCAGGACCCCACUAUGAUUGGUGUAGCUGUAGACACAGUUGGAAUCUUGGGAUCCAAUGUUGAAGGAAAACAGGUUUUACAGAAAACAGGAACUCGCUUUGAACGCUUGCUUAUGAGAGUAGGACAUCAAUCAAAGAAUGCCCCAGUGGAGCUAAAAAUUAGAUGUUUGGAUGCAAUUUCAUCUCUUCUGUACUUACCACCUGAGCAGCAGACUGAUGACCUUCUGAGGAUGACAGAAUCCUGGUUUUCUUCUUUAUCUCGGGAUCCACUGGAGCUCUUCCGUGGCAUUAGUAGUCAACCCUUCCCUGAACUACACUGUGCUGCCUUAAAAGUGUUUACGGCCAUUGCAAACCAACCCUGGGCUCAGAAACUUAUGUUUAACAGUCCAGGUUUUGUAGAAUAUGUGGUGGACCGGUCUGUGGAGCAUGACAAAGCUUCAAAGGAUGCCAAAUAUGAACUAGUGAAAGCACUUGCUAAUUCCAAGACAAUUGCAGAAAUCUUUGGGAACCCAAAUUAUUUGAGGCUCAGAACUUACCUGAGUGAAGGUCCAUACUAUGUGAAACCUGUUUCCGCAACAGCAGUAGAAGGAGCUGAAUGAUUUCUUCUAGAGCUCAUGUAGAGGACCACGUUUUGACCAAAACUUCUCCUAAGGCAUUUGACUCCAUCUAUAUUUCACAAAAGAGACUUCCUUUCCCCAAGAAUUAUCAUGAAAUGUCUGAUGUUACUUUGUCACCAACACUGUCAUGUGUCUACAUUGAAAUGCAAAGUGGAACUAGGAGUUUGGAAUGCAUUAAGAGCAGGCAAGCUUGGUCAUAAUAGAUCCAGUGUUUUUCGGAUUCCUUUCACUGCCUUAAUCUUUGCAACAAGAUGGAAGUAUUUUCUUCCCUCAAAAUUUUCAUGGACAUGCAAUCUUAUCUAAAAGCCUGCUUCAGGGCCGGGCGCAGUGGCUAACACCUAUAAUUCCAGCACUUUGGGAGGCCAAGAUGGGCAAAUCACUUGAGUCUAGGAGUUCAAGACCAGCCUGGCCAAUAUGGCAAAACCCCGUCUCUACUAAAAAUAUAAAAAUUAGCCAGGCAUGGUGGUGCACACCUAUAAUCUCAGCUACUCAGGAGGCUGAGGCACGAGAAUCGCUUGAGCCUGGGAAGCAGAUUGCAGUGAGCUGAGAUCUUGCCACUGCACACCAGCCUGGGCAACACAGCAAGACUCUGUCUCAAAAAUAAAUAAAUAAAAUAAAAACCUGCCACCAAAUUAUUUCUGGGUUCUCUUCACUAUCUUUUUUUUUUUCUUUUUGAUCCUUUUUCCGUUUCUGAUUCCACUUUCAAAGUCGUGGAUAUAGUCUUUGAAAAAUGAGUAGUAUGGAAUAUUAAAAUUAUGUUCCUUAUACUCAGAAUACUUUUUAUGAGCUCUCUUGUGUUUUUGUUACUAUUAUUCCUUUGAAAAAAAGACUUAAAACAUCUAAAAAAUGUUUAUAGUGUUCAUGUAAUUUUUUUUGCUGUUUACCAAUGAACUUUGCCUGUUGUGGUUUUGGGAGAGGAAAAGUGAUAACAUGCUAAUCAGAAGGAUUCCUAAACUGUCAUUUCAUUUAUUGGUAGGUCAUGAUUGUUGAGGGUUUUGCUUUGGAUUUUUCAUACCUAUAAAGUCAAUCUUGAGUUCAUCAGAGAAAAGGAAACUUACUCCUAAUAAACAGAACAGAAGGUACAUAUGCAUAAAUCAGGAUACCAUGUCAUUAAUUUACAAAGGAUAAUCUUUCUUUUCAUUGACAACACCUACACCCACCUGUUUUCCGGUGUUCUUCUCUCUAAACAGCAAAGCCAAAGCACUCUGCACACCAAAUCACCUGUUCAGAGGUUUAUGCAUGAGCAUAUUUUAGGCCAUGGUGAAGUUGAUAAACCACCCCUGCUUUGUAACAAAAUUAUUUUAAAGUAACUGGAAUUACCUAGUCCCCAGAUUGAUCAUCUCCCCUGGCAACGUGACUCUGUUUUUUGUGUUUCCAUGCUGACCAGUCCCCUACUGUUAAUAUCACUACUAAUUAGGCUAUAGCCAGGUCUUUCCUGGCCUGAGAAAUAUUCUCUUAAAAUGACCUUUGUUUUAAUCUCAUUCAUGAUGUUGAUUUUUUUUCAAUGUGGUACAAUAUAUACAAUAAAAUUUGUCAUAACUAUUUUAAGUGUACAGUUCAGUAUAUUAAAUAUGUUCAUAAUGUUGCACAACCAUCACCACCAUCCAUCAUCAGAAUUAUUUUCAUCUUAUACAAUUGAAACUGUAUUCAUUAAACAAUAACUGUCUAUUCCCUCUUUUCCCCAGCCUCUGGCAACCACCAUUCUGCUUCAUGACAUUGAUUUUAUUCACUUAACAUCAGAAUUUGGGGGGAUGCCCUCUCUCCUAUGUUUGGUCUACACAUUCUGAUUUUUUUUUAGAUUGAAUAAAAUUUGUAAAUCAUUAUUUUCAUUUCAUAAGUAAACACCUGUUGACUGCCUAUUAUGUUCUUGGCAUUGGGGAAAGUGCUAGACAUUGGCCUAAGUGCCAAGUGCAUCUCAUUUAAUUUUUACAUCCCUGUUUCACAGAUGAGGAAACCAAGACUUGCAGUAGCUUAUCUGAAAAUCACACAAGAAGAAAGUGUCUUAUAGUGGAAGAAAAUAGGUCAGUAGAAAAUUAGAGAGUAUAAGAAGUACAAUAAUAGAGGGAAACAGAAAACACGUCCGCAGACUUUAGGAAAUGUUUUCCAGGGAAGGAAACACCUGCAUCUUGAAGAACUAGUAGGAGGCAAUCGAGUGAAGAAUACAGUGGAGUAGCAAAGCAAGAUAGCAGGUACACAUCAAAACAAGAGAACAUGUUUGAGAAACUACAAGUAAUUCAAUAUGACCAAUGCCUAGGAUUUAAAGGGAAAUUUUUGCAAAAUUCUUUAUCAUUAUUACUAAUAAUAGCUACCAUUUCUUAGCAUUGAUUUUAUGUUAGGCACUUGGCAUGCGUUUUCUUACUUUAUCAUAAUAGCCAUAAAAGUUAAGUAUCAUUUCACAGACAAAGGCACUAAACUGGGAAAUUAAGUACUUUCAAGUAUUCUGUUUUGUUGGCCAUAAACCAUCUGAGCAGGCCUGAGAUACAGCCACCUGGGCACCAUAGUGAAAGUUAUGGAUAAGCCUGUGCUAGGCAUUAGAGCAAACCUAGAUAACAGACAUCUGGGCUGCAUAGCAACGGUCAUGUGUAAUCCUGAGUUAUGAACCUGUCACAAUUUGAUUAACUGUCUUUGUUCUGCUUCUGUAUCCUUGCUUUCACACCACUAUAAGCCUGCUUCAAGCUAGCCCACCCUCUUUUUGAAGUGUGUAUAAAAGUCAAGUGCUGUCUUUGUUCUAGGCCUAGUUUUUGGAUGUUAAGUCUGCUGGGUCUGAGUGCACUCAAUAAAGAUCCUCCUGUAUAUA